AUGGCCCUUCAACUGUCCCCGAGAGUAGGAGCGCAGGGGGAAGACCCUACACAAUCCCUCAAUACAGCAUUGGAGAAUUUUCAGAAGACCUUGACAGAGGAGCAAAAACGGGAAUUUCAAAAUAGUACCACAACACCAGAUAUUGCCAGCGUCAUAGAGUUUGUCGCAGAAAUCGAUGCUAGAAAUAGCAGCACGACGAGGAGGUGCGUGGCUCCACGGCUAUGUACCUUCUUAGAGGCAACGCAACAGUUCACCGGUGUUGUGGACACAUUCGUCAGCUCCAAUCCGAUAAUCGCUGCCCUCGUCUGGGGAGGUGUAAAGACUGCUAUAUUGACAGCGAGCAAUGUGGCCUCUUACUUUGACAAAGUCACGAGCAUGAUCAUGAGAAUCGGCAAAUCUUCUCCGACAUAUCAACAAUUUGGCCAACUCUACCCCUGCUGUAUCGGUCUCCAACGUGCGCUUUGUGAUUUCUACGCCAUCGUCAUUAAUCUAUGUGUCAAGAUCAUCGAGGUCUCCCGUCGAACCGCCCUCAAGCAAACUCUUUCGUCGAUACUAAGUCCCUUUGAAUCUGAGUUUAAGCUGUUCCUAGAUCAACUAAAUGAAGCUACACGUGAGAUCAGCCUGGAGGUAUUACUCGCAUCAAAGCAAGCAGACCAGGAAGCGAAAAAGCUGCUAGAAUAUGAAAGCCAACAGAAUUCAAAAUUCCGACCGAAAGCGCUAGGUUUCUAUAAGAAAUCACUGAAACAACAAGCCGAUGAAAGCGAGUGGCGAAUGAAAUUGAAAAAAAGGGAAAUGGCGAAAUUAAAGACAAGCAUUCGAAACAACCUUUCUCCUAUCGACCAUGACCGUCCUUUGAGGCAGAUAAUGAAGCAACGGGUUCCCACCACGGCCGAGUGGCUUCAGAAAGAGAUGGUCUUUGAUGAGUGGAGAGACGAUCCGCAAACCGCGAUUCUCUGGUGUUUAGGCACUAUAGGCAUGGGCAAGACAGUGCUCAUGUCUAAUGUGGUGGAUCAGCUACGGUUACAUACGGCCCGUAAGAGCAAUGAGAUCGUAUGCUACUACUUCUGUUGCGUCGACAAUGAGGCAUCUUUAUCUGCGAGGAGCAUUCUUGGAAGUCUUGCUCGUCAAAUCCUCGAUACUCAGAUUGAACAAGGCAAAUAUGAAACUCUACUCCACUUACAGGAGGCCACCCGAAAUCUUAGCACGACUGAGCUCAUUCAGUUCUUGGUAUAUCGUCUGGAGGCUGGUGAGGGAAAGAAGUACUAUGUUAUCCUCGACGGAUUAGACGAAUGUGAUGGCAAUCAGGUUCAAGCGGUGGCACAGGCUAUGGUUGAGCUCUGCAGCAAAUGUAUUGGUUUCAAAAUCCUCUGCGCAGGCCGACCUGGUCUUGAAAAACGGUUCAAAUUGACUGCACCGCAGUAUAGGAUCAUGGUGAAUGAGGAAAAGGUCAAGUCGGACAUGGAUCACUAUAUUACCAAGACUUUGGAAAAGUGUCUGGAAGAUGAGGUUUUGACACUUGGGGAUCCGACAAUCAUCACAGAGAUAUACAACACCUUAAGGGACAAAGCUGGCGGAAUGUUCCUUUGGGCAAGUCUUUGUAUUGAAGAGCUUUGCGCACAGAAUUGUGAUCACGACAUCCUGGAAGCACUGAAACAUCUUCCACACAGCUUGGCUGAGCUCUACGAUCGAAAACUUGGUCGUGUUCGAGAGGGAAGAGCGGCCGGGCAGGCAAUGAAACUGCUACAAUACUGCGGGGCAGUGAAACGGCCAUUGACAGUCACGGAAUAUCGAGAAGCCCUUAGUCUUUCCCUCGAACAGAAGACCUUUGACCACGGAAAGGUCCCCAACGACAUGGAUAGGAUCAUCAAUGGCUGUUGCGGAUUAACAUUCGUCGAUGAAGAGGAAGACACUAUACACUAUGUUCAUGGUAGUGUGAGAGAAUGUCUUUUUAUCCCGAACGGUCCACACAUAGCACAAUUCGACAUGGCAAGCGUUGACCGGAAUUUUGGGUUCCUUUGCAUGACAUAUCUCGAUUUCACCAACUUCAAGCGUCAGUUAGCGAAAGUUCAGAAUGGCUCCGUUACUCCUAUCAAGCCCCUUCUGCUCAGUACUAGUACUCUGUCCACCCGCUCUUCUAGGAGAGUUACUAGUCAGAUGGCCCGUAGGCUUCUUUCUCGUCAUCACCAGCUACAACAUUUCACCACUCGAGAGGUAGAGAGGACGGCGCAAGCAAUACUUGAAGAUGGGAGUUCUUUCCAGCUAGAGCUGGAACUCCAAAAGCAAGGGUUUCAGUUUCUCAAUUAUGCCAGGGCCUACUGGCUCAGCCAUCUGACUGAUCUUACUCCGGAUAUGAACAGUAGUAUGUGGGAAUUGUUUUGCCGGUGCAUAGAAGGCGAUGAUGUUCCUGAAUGCAGACCAUGGGAGUCGGAGCAGCAGACACACAACAAGAGAAAGGAUAUAUCAGAUGCUAUGCAAUGGUUAUUGGCCUAUGGAAAUUUUGCAUUACUUUCAUACUACGCAAGACAUCAGUCUCACCAUUUGACGGAGAAUGUGAAGGAUAAAAUCCUUCAGAGCGCUGACAUCCACACUCGUUAUCGAUACACUGAGGUGCUCGUCCGACUUGAUAAUACUAGCAACAUCUUGAAUAAUGGAUUAUCAUAUGCUGUGCUAGAUGGAUGCACUCGUUCCCUGGGAAUGUUGCUCCAAGCAGGGGCUGAUGUCAAUGCUGAAGUAAAAGGCAGAACAGCUCUCCAAACAGCCGCAGGAAAAGGUCACCUUAAGGUGGUGCAAAUGCUUCUAGCAGCAAAAGCAGACGUCAACGCAAUUCCUGCUGGCUAUGGUGUUCGAACAGCCCUCCAAGCGGCAGCAGGAGCAGGUCACCUUGAAGUGGUGCAGACACUGCUAGCAGCAAAAGCAGAGGUCAACGCAAUUUCUGCUGGAUAUGGUGAGACAGCUAUCCAAGCGGCCGCAGGAGGAGGUCACCUUGACGUGGUGCAGGCACUACUAGCAGCGACAGCAGACGUCAACCCAUCUCCUAGCAAUAGUGGCCGGACAGCUCUUCAAGCGGCAGCAGACGGAGGUCACCUUAAAGUUGUUCAGACACUUCUAGCAGCAAAAGCAGACGUCAAUUCACCUCCUGUUGAACAUGAUGGCCAAUAUGGUGGUGGCCGGACAGCUAUCCAAGCGGCAGCAGAAGGAGGUCACCUUGACGUGGUGCAGGCACUACUAGCAGCAAAAGUUGACGUCAACGCAUUUCCUAUUGAACGUGAUGGCCGGACAGCUCUUCAAGCGGCCGCAGAAGAAGGUCACCUUAAGGUGGUGCAAACGCUUCUAGCAGCAAAAGCAGACGUCAACGCAUUUCCUGCUAAAUAUGGUGGCCGAACAGCUCUUCAAGCGGCAGCAGGAGGAGGUCACCUUGACGUGGUGCAGACACUUCUAGCAGCAAAAGCAGACGUCAAUGCACCUCCUGCUGAACAUGAUGGCCAAACAGCUCUUCAAGCGGCCGCAGAAGGAGGCCACCUUGACGUGGUGCAGGCACUACUAGCAGCAAAAGCUGACGUCAACGCAUUUCCUGCUAAAUAUGGUGGCCGAACAGCUCUUCAAGCGGCAGCAGGAGGAGGUCACCUUGACGUGGUGCAGACACUUCUAGCAGCAAAAGCAGACGUCAAUGCACCUCCUGCUGAACAUGAUGACCAAACAGCUCUUCAAGCGGCCGCAGAAGGAGGCCACCUUGACGUGGUGCAGGCACUACUAGCAGCAAAAGCUGACGUCAACGCAUUUCCUGCUGAACAUGAUGACCAAACAGCUCUUCAAGCGGCAGCAGGAGGAGGUCACCUUGACGUGGUGCAGACACUUCUAGCAGCAAAAGCAGACGUCAAUGCACCUCCUGCUGAACAUGAUGACCAAACAGCUCUUCAAGCGGCCGCAGAAGGAGGCCACCUUGACGUGGUGCAGGCACUACUAGCAGCAAAAGCUGACGUCAACGCAUUUCCUGCUAAAUAUGGUGGCCGAACAGCUCUUCAAGCGGCAGCAGGAGGAGGUCACGUUGACGUGGUGCAGACACUUCUAGUAGUAAAAGCAAACGUUAACGCAUUUCCUGCUAAAUAUGAUGGCCGAACAGCUCUUCAAGCGGCAGCAGAAGAAGGUCACAUUGGAGUGGUGCAAACACUUCUAGCAGCAAAAGCAGACGUCAAUGCACCUCCUGCUGAACAUGAUGGCCAAACAGCUCUUCAAGCGGCCGCAGAAGGAGGCCACCUUGACGUGGUGCAGGCACUACUAGCAGCAAAAGCUGAUGUCAACGCAUUUCCUACUGAAUAUGGCCGAACAGCUCUUCAAGCGGCAGAAAAAGAAGGUCACCUUGACGUGGUGCAGGUACUACUAGUAGCGAAAGCGAAAGCAGAUAUUGACGCUAAAGGUUCUGGCCAAACAGCUUUCAAAGCGGCGAUAGAAAGAGGCCGCACUGAGGUGGUGCAGGCAUUGCGAAGCAAAAGCUAA